AAACAAUCGGAUCGUUAAACGUCAACGUUUGAUGUGCACAAUUCAAAUUGGGUAUUCGAUUUUAUUUGCUCUGAUUUUGGAAAUUCGCGAAAAUGGCCGCGCAAUGGCACCACCCCAAUUUGGUGAAGAUGUUCGGCGACGAGAUAACCGAUUAUUUGGAAAAUACGUGUUGGAAUCCCCCGAAACCGCCGGAAUUGGAAAAGAAAAUAACGUAUUUCAACAACACUUCGACCCACCACAGGACCAGAGAAUACGACCUGUACUUCGCGUUCACGAAGGUGUUUCCCCUGUGGGACCAGCGGAAGAACAGGUGCAACAGAAUGUUCAUUCCGGACGUACGAGAGAACAUUUUCGAACAGGAAAAGCACAAGCAAUUUCCCGUCGUUACGUCGAUGAUCUACGGCAGGCCCUGCAGGGUUCCCUACGAUACGUCGGAGCCGGCUUUUCGCAGGGCGAACGUAAUGGCCGAUUUCAGGAGGAGAACUGGCGUAAUGAUGGUUAAGGAAAGGAAACCGGUGUAGAUAAAUCCCGGUGAUGUGUGGUACUUUUAAAAUUGGCUUUAGUAAUAUCG